CAUUCGAUGUUUUGUGCCUCCGCGACGCGUUUUUCGCAGACAAUCAAUUUUCAAUUGCCGUUUAUCGUCUUUUUGUCUGAUAAUACUUGUUUUUAUGUUAAUUCACUAGUGAUACGUGUUUAGUUGAGUCAUCUUCCGCGAAAGACUUCUGCAAAAAUAAGUGCAAAUGGAUCUCAACGAUUACGCUCCGGUCUGGACCCGCAUUGCUGGGUACAUUCGUCGCCUGCCCAGGGAUAUUCACGUGCAGGAAAGAGAUGACCGAAUGAUCGAAUUAGCGCUGCGCGAUUUGCUAACUUACGCUCUUCGGAAAGUCCACAGAAUGGUUAAUUUCAUGGAGGACUUCCAGCAUCCGUGUCACCUGCCGGAAGCCACAUUCCGACGACUGUUUGGCCUCCCUGCGGAUCUCGUGCCUGAAGUGUUGAGGAUGAUUUCCUGCUAUCUCAGCAAGGAGUCCUUUGAUAGAACCGAGGUGGUUCCAAUCUACAUUCAAGUCUUGUGCGUGCUGAACUUCCUGACCAUGGGCAGAUAUUGCAUACCACGGAAUAUUGGUGUCUUCAAGAAGAUCUCAGAGGAACAAGUGAUGGGAUUCGUAAGGAAGAUUACUGUUGCAUUGUCAGUAUGCGCUGGGGCAUACAUUGCUAGAUUUCCGACGGAUCAGAACAGAGCAACAGAGCUCAAGAAUCGCUUUCAAGAAUGCACUCAACUUCCCGGAAUUGUUGGGAUUCUCGAGCGCUUCCACGUCGCCAUCGUUGAGCCAACAUUUAAUGCGCAAGAGUUCAAAAACAUGUCUGGCUAUCACUCUAUGAUCACCCAGAUUAUGUGCGAUGCGGACAUGCGAGUCAUUGGCUGUCAAGCAACUCAUGGCGGCUUGUAUCAAACCUCGUACAUCUAUGAUCCCCACAUCGAGAGAAUGAGAGAGCUUCACGUGGAGAAUCCAGAGACGUGGUUGCUGGGAAAUCAGCCGUAUCGCAAGGAAAAGUUUCUGAUCGCGCCAUUCAAGAGUCCCGCCAACGAGGCCGAGCGCAGAUUCAACCGACUGUACGCCAGAGCCCGGAGCAGGAUGGACAAGUGCUGGGCAAUGCUCAGAGGACAGUGGAAGUGCCUAUUGAAUGACAAACCACUGCCAUUCACUCCCGUAGAGGCGAUGCACAUCAUCUACUCUGUGUGCAUUUGCCACAAUCUCCUCAUAAAUCACGGAUACUCUUCCCGCAAAACCACUCUCGUCGACACCACUCAGCCGAGGUCUGGUCUGCGCAAGAGAGAGCCGACGUAUACUGAGUCCAGAGAUCGCCUGAUGAAGUACAUUUUGCAAAAUGAUAUCAAGUAGAGAUAAAGUUUUAAGUUAAG